ACCGUGCACUGUGCAGGCGCGCUGAGGCACGUGAGUGAAACCUGACCAUUGGCUGUUUGAUUCGCGAAUCUCGUUUGUCGGUUCGUGUCGGUUUUUGUGUCAGUUUUUGGUUUAGGUUUACUGGUUCCCUCACCGAUUUCGAAAAUGUUGGAUCUCGUCGAGAUUCCAAAAUUUUACUACGGAGGAUUGUUGGGACUCGGUUGUUUUUGUGUUUAUUACCUUUGGGAGGUCGUCAAAAUGUUUUCUUUUAGACUCCCCUCUUCGUAUGCUCAUGUGGGCCAUUCAGAGAUUUUUUGGAGAAACACAUGCUCAUUCUGGAAAGCAAAUUUUGGCCAACACUUUGGUGUUUUGAAUCGAGGGCACAAACAGUAUUGGCGAGUAUUUUGAGAUCAAAAAUACUACCAACAGUUGAAUACCGCAGAGAAAUCCUGACAUUGUCGGAUGGUGGUGAAGUGGCACUUGAUUGGGCAGAACAAAACUGCUGUCACACAUCACCCAUCGUCAUAAUUUUACCUGGACUCACAGGUGCUAGCCAGGCCGAAUACAUUCGAAUACUCGUUUGUGCGGCAAAAAACGUUGGAAUAAAAUGUUUAAUUUUCAAUAACAGAGGUCUUGGUGGAGUAACACUUAAGACACCAAGAUUGUAUUCUGCUUCAAACUGUGAUGAUUUUACUGAAGUUCUGGAACAUGUGAGGAAAACCUACUCUCACGUACCAAUUGGAGCCACUGGAAUUUCUUUAGGAGGGCUAAUUUUAGGAAACUAUUUAGCACAGAAAGGACCAGAAGCGGUUGGAAAGUUGGUGGCAGGCCUGGCAAUUUCCGCCCCAUGGAAUGUUUUUGAAGCAACAAAAAGUAUCGAGAAGCCUUACUUAAAUCUAAUGUUAAACAGACAUUUGUGCGAUAAUCUACGUCGAAAUGUGACUCGGUGUGAAACAGGGUUUUUCGACAUGCACUUUGAAAAUUUAGACAACGUCAUGAAGAGUCAAACCGUUCGAGAAUUCGAUGCCAGUUUUACAUCAAAACUCUUUGGCUUCAAAAACGUCGAGGACUAUUACGCAAAAGCUACCCUACAUGAUAAAUUGCACAAUAUCGAGGUCCCUUUGCUCUGUUUGAGUGCAGCUGAUGAUCCUUUUCAACCUCUAGCAGCAAUUCCCUUGAAGGAAGUUAGCGAAUCGAAACAUGUCGCGAUGAUCGUGACUUCAAGAGGUGGUCAUAUCGGAUUUUUGGAAGGAGUUUGGCCAGUUACGGAAAAACAGUACAUGGGCAGAGUUUUCUCCCAAUUUUUUACAGCUGUUUUCACAGCUGGUUUAGACCAUCCGGCCUUCUUUAGAUAGCUCUAUUAAACAUAAAGUUAUUUAAUUCAUAUUUUAAGAAACGAGCAUUUAGGUAAAAGUGAAAUUGUCGCUGGAUUCGACGAUUAGGAAGAUACAUGAAUUUUUCGAACUAUUUGAAAUAGGCUGUUAUUAAGUAUUUAUAAAGUUGCUACCAGAAAAACUCCUGCUUAAAAAUAUCCACAUGGAAUCAUUUUACUUAUGUUAGUAUUUUCCAAUGACGGAGAAAUUGUUAUUCCUACAGAUUCGGAAAACUGAGUUAGCCAGUCAACCAUUCAUCGUUAA